AUGGACGACUCUCCCAGCAAGAUGCUGCCUCAGUCGCUCGUCGAGUCGACAGAGGGGCACCAGCCGGAACUAAGUCGGCCAGCGCUGCUCCCCGCAUUCGGCGAUGAGACGACGUUCUCCUCGCCGCCCUUCCCGCGUCCUCGCUCAUCCAAGCGCAAAUUCGAGCCUGAGUCGCCCACACUCCCCAAGCAGGAGCUCAAGUACUAUCCGACCCCCGUCCCAACGUCUUCAACCGGCAUACUGCAUUCUUCAUCGCCCCGCCACGCCCGGCCGGGCAUGGAGCGCACCUUCUCUGCCCUCUCGGAGCGGACCCCACUCGGUGCCCUUCCGACCGUGGACCUUCCAGCAGAUGGCGAAAUUGUGCGAAUGGGCAGGAGCUCCAACUCUGCAGACUACCAGCUAUCAACCAAUCGCCUCAUUUCACGCGUUCACGUCCAAGCCACGUAUCAUGCGCCAAGCGCGUUAUAUACGCAUGGCCACAUCGAAAUUGAAUGUCUAGGCUGGAACGGUGCAAAGAUUCAUUGCAAAGGACGGGUGUUUGAGCUGAGCAAGGGUGACACCUAUGUAUCGGAAAAUCCGGAGACGGAGAUCAUCUUGGAUGUGCAGGAUACUCGGGUCAUGGUAGCGUGGCCCGCUGUCCCUGCAUCUAAGCUAUGGGAUUCGGAAGAAGAGGGCACCCUUACGCCUACGCUUGGACGACGACAGUCCAACUUUGAUUCCAGUCCUCCUGUUAUCCCUCGCUCGCCAGUAUCUCAAAGUCCCAUCCGUCCUCCUGUCUUCGCUGGUCAUGGCCAAGCUUCCCAGCCCGGCACAGUACAGGUCUUUGAGGAUGCUGAUGCCAGCGAGGCGAGCCCCAGUGUCGACACUCCAGGCUCUGCUGAUCAAACGUUCAUUCGUCCUGCCCUACCUGGUUCACGCACCAGCCAAGAGGUUGGUGUACUUGACGCCAAGGCUAGUAUCUUGUCAUCCUUUGCAGCUGACGACUUUUCCGACAACGAUGAGGAGAAUGAUCCUGUCGUUCAUUCUUUUGGACCUUUUGGACAGAAUCUACUGAACGGCCUUGCGUCUUUCAACACAGCGACAACGCCUUCCCAGGCUAACCCUCCACGCCUUCGCGCACCAUUGCUGUCACCUUCUCCACGGCGUGUCCCUGUUGAGACCUUCCGCUUCAAGGAGUCUCCUAUCAAGAACCAUGUCAUCAACCAGCUGGCGUUCUCUCGCAUUCAUUCGCAACCCUUGUCUGCCAUUCAUAGCAACCUGCCCGCUGAACUCAAGGCCUGUAUUGUAAAGAGUGCUGACGGUAAGUCAUCAGAGAGCACGGAGGCCUCUGACACCCUUCCCCAAUUGUCAAGGCAAGACCUCAAGAGGAUUCUGGAUGAGACCCCAUGUGUUGGCGAGAUUCCUCGCGCCGGCAAAGACGCUGCUGGCCAGCCACUCGAGAACGAAUUCUACUAUGUCCCGGAGAUGGACACGAAUCAGAUGAGGCGUGAGACUAUCACUGCAGGUACACGUAGCACUGGUCUUCGUUCCGUCAGGAAGACUCACAAGCAAUACUACUGGAAGAAGCCUCGCACUGACGUCGACACUCCAACUUUUCACCAUUCAUCCAUGCAUAGCGAGGCGUUACGAUACCAUUUCUCCAGUCCUUUCAUUCUCCGCAAGACAGAGUAA